UUUCGGGGAAAUGCUACGUUGUAAUGGUUAAUAACGUUACGGUUGAUACUUUCGAUUAUCCACGUACCGCAAACGGGUCAAAAUGACAUUCUUAUUCAACCAUCUAAAACAUUUAAUCGUAUCUUGCAUAGAAAUCUAUGUUAAAAUUUACUUUCAAAUUACAUGAACCGAGUGAUGGCGGCACUGGCGACAUUCGUCUAUCUAUACGCAGACGAAUCACGAUUUGACAAAGAUGGCGACGCACAUGUCAACGUUAUGUUUCGAGAGAGCUUUAAAUAUUACAAAAGUCGAAAUUCAUCUCCCGAUUUGAGGGAUGUGAUCGAUUUAAAUGAUCCUAAUUGCGAUACAGUUAUUUGUACUUCGAUUAAAAGGGACUUGUUGAAUGAACAUUGUGAACAUGAAUUUGGAUUGAUGCCAGUGAAAGAGUGGAAAGUCUAUGAAUUUUUAGAUAUUCCAGGACUUAUCUUCGUAAAAAAUCCAUUUACCACCGAUGGGCAACGGUACUGGAUCAUAAAAUGUUUAAAAGAUUAUUCGGCGAAACCUUAUAAAUUAAAUCUAGAUGCGCAUCAUCUUUUAACCAAUGAUGAAACUUGGUGGGAUCUGUGUUUUGGAAACUCUGACAAAGAUAUGGUAUUGCUACCAAAAUUACGUUGGGCAACAUUGGGGUAUCAUCAUAACUGGGAUACAAAAUUAUAUUCCGAAAUGAAUAAAACACAAAUUCCUGACGAAUUAUCAUCGUUAACAUCAUUUUUGGCAAAAGUGUUAGGUUUUAUGGAUUUUAAAGCAGAAGCAGCAAUUAUCAAUUAUUACAGAAUGAAUUCAACUCUCGCAGGUCAUACAGAUCAUUCUGAAGUUAACAUCAAAGCACCUUUAUUUUCUAUCAGUUUUGGUCAAACUGCAAUAUUUUUAAUUGGAGGAUUCACGAAAGAUGACGCAGCUAAAGCUAUAUUCCUACGAAGUGGAGAUAUAAUAGUAAUGUCAGGAGAGUCUCGUUUGAGGUAUCAUGGAGUACCAAAAAUUUUAACAGACACAGCAGAACCUUGGAAUGACAAAGAAUUGAUUAACAAUGGAAAACGGUAUUGUAAAUGGGAUUAUAAUAACUGGAACAAAGCAAAAAUGUAUAUUUCUGAAGCUAGAAUUAAUAUGAAUGUAAGACAAGUACUAAAACCUGGGCAGACAGAUUUACUGUAAAUAAUUGUUCAAAAUAUUCUUGUACAGUUUUAAUAAAAAAUACUUAUAU